AUGAAGGAAGCAGCUGAACUACGCAAUCCAACUGAAAUGUAUUUCGCUCAACCACUCGAUGACAAUUUGUUUGAAUGGCAUUUUACUGUUCGCGGUCCAGCUGAUACAGAUUUCGAUGGUGGAAUUUAUCAUGGUCGAAUUGUUUUACCACCUGAUUAUCCAAUGAAACCUCCUGGUGUAAUUCUUUUGACGCCAAAUGGCCGAUUUCAGUUGAAUCAAAAAAUAUGCCUUAGCAUCUCUGGACAUCAUCCUGAAUCAUGGCAGCCUUCCUGGUCAAUCCGCACAGCACUGUUGGCUUUAAUUGGAUUUAUGCCGACUCAUCCAGCUGGAGCUUUAGGCUCACUGGAAUAUCCAUCGGAGGAACGUAAAAAAUUGGCUUUGAGUCAGAAUUGGGUGUGUAAGCAGUGUGGUCUGUGUAUGCGUGAUGCUCUAGCCAAACAACCGUCGGCUGAAGAAAUAAAGUUGGUUGAAGAAGAAGCACGAAAUCUUGCCUCAAAAGUUUCAUUCAGAGUCAAUUUUUUUCGCUUAAUUUAUUGA